AUGCUGGGUUUUGGACGAAAGAAGAAGGGGCAACCCAAGAAGGAGAACGAAGAAGAUGCCAACAAGGGCAGCCCCAAGCUGGAGGCCGAGGGUGCGGCCAAGACCGAACUGAAUGGGCGCCAAUCCCCCAAGGCAGAGGACGUGCCCGCCAAGGAUGAGCCCAAAGAUGAAGACGAAGAGGAGGAGGAAGAGGAAGAGGAAGAAAAAAAAAAAGGAAAAGCAGCAGAGGAGAACACGGGCCACUACACCUGGCAGGUCGCCAAGUUCUCCAAGCUGCGGGCAAACAGACUUCCGAAGUCUUCAAGGCCGGUGGCACCCCUGUAUAACGACUCCCUUGCCGUUUAUCUGGCCGUCGCUGACGCCAAAACCCAGCCCCCCGACUGGAUGCGCACCGCCAACUUCACCAUCUCCAUCAUCAACCACAAGGACGCCAACAAGACGGUGAGCAAGGCCGAGCUGCACACCUUCCGCGCCCAAGAGAUGGACUGGGGAUUCAAUGGGAUGAUUGGCUAUGCCGAGUUGCGGGAGCCCGGCUACCUGGUCGACGACACCCUCCACAUCAACGUGGAGAUCGAGGUCAAGAAAUACGCCAGCUACUCCUCCGGCCGCGACUGGGUAUCCUGGGCCAACUGGGAUUCGAGGAAGGAGACGGGCUACGUGGGGCUGAAGAACCAGGGAGCGACGUGCUACAUGAACAGCUUGCUCCAGGCGCUCUACCACAUCGGGACGUUCCGGCGGGCCGUCUACCAGCUGCCCACGCAAAACGAUCUCCCCACCAAGUCCAUCCCCCUCGCCCUCCAGCGCGUCUUCUACCGCGUCCAGUUCGGGCCGCGAGCCGUCGGCACCAAAGAGCUCACGGCCUCCUUCGGCUGGAAUCGACGGGACUCGUUCGUGCAGCACGACGUGCAGGAGCUCAACCGAGUAUUCUGUGACAACCUCGAGGAGAAGAUGAAGGGCACCCUGUCCGAGGGCAUUGUCGAGAAGCUGUUCCGCGGCAAGAUCUACAACUACAUCAAGUGCAUCAACGUCGCCUACGAAUCCUCUCGCGUCGAAACCUUCUACGACAUCUCGCUGGACGUGAAGGGGAUGAAGGACGUGCACGCCUCCCUGCAGCACUACUGCGCCGUUGAAACCCUCAGCGGCGACAACAAGUACGACGCCGGCAGUCACGGCCUCCAGGACGCCAACAAAGGCUGCUUCUUCCAAUCGCUGCCUCCGGUCCUGGAGCUGCACCUGAAGAGGUUCGUGUACGACUUCCAGCGGGACCGCAACUUCAAGAUCAACGACCUGUACGAAUUCCCGCCUACGCUCAACAUGCGCAAGUACAUGGCCGCCGACGCCGACGUGAGCAUCAAGCCCCUCUACCGCCUCUAUGCAGUGCUGGUGCACAGCGGCGACGUGCACGGCGGGCACUACUACGCCUACGUGCGGCCCACCACCAAGAUGCAGUGGUUCAAGUUCGACGACGAGCGAGUGACCAAGGCGCGCAAGAAGGACGUGUUCGAGGGCAACUUUGGCGGCGACAUCACGCGCACCGUGCGCAACGCCCUGGGCAAGCCCAUCACCACCACCUACCCGCGGUCCGCCAACGCCUACAUGCUCCUCUACAUACGCGACGACGAGCGGGAGCAGAUCCUGCGCCCGGUGGAUCGGGAGGAGAUCCCCAAGCACCUGGAGGAGCGCUUCGAGCAGGAGGAGGCGGAGAAGGCGGCCAAGAAGAAGGAGCUGGCCGAGGCGCACCUGUACCUCAAGCUCCGCGUGGCCACCCUGCGCGACUUUGAGCAGUCCCACGACGCCGACCUGUGCGACUUUGAGCAGGCCAAGGAGUUCAAGGUCAAGAAGACCUCCACCCUGCGCGAGUUCCGCGCCGUCGCCGCCGAAGAGUUUGGGAUCCCGGCCGCGCGGCAGCGCUACUGGACGUGCCCGGCCCGCCGCAACCGCACCGUCCGCCCCGACGAGCCCUACACGCCCAAGGAGGAGGACACGCCACUCGAGAAGCUCGUCAAGCGAGGCGCCCUCGACAUCAAGGUCUUCCUCGAGGCCUCCACGGCGCCGGAGGGCGAGACCGACGAGGCCAAGUUGUUUGCGCCCCACACGGACGACGACGCCAUCAUGUUCUUCAAGUACUACGACCCGGAGGCGCAGCUCCUGCGUCUCGUGUGCUACAAGUUCGUCAAGGUCUCCGACAAGAUCGGCUCCGUCAUUCCCCACCUCAACCAGCUCCUCGGCUUCCCUUCCGACCAGGAGCUGCUCUUGUUCGAGGAGAUCAAGCCCACCAUGGUGGAGCCGCUCAAGGGCACGGACUCCUUCGCCGAGGCCGAGCUGGCCAACGGCGACAUCAUCUGCGUCCAGAAGCCGCCCCCCGGCAACGCCACCCUGCCGCGGCCCCUUGCCCCCGCCCACUACGCCUGGAUGCUCAACCGGGUGACGGUCAAGUUCCGGGACCUGGGUGCGCCGUCGGUGGACGUGUGCGUGCUGGAGCUGUCCAAGGAGAUGACGUACGAGGAGGUGGUGGGUCAGCUGGCGGGGCAGCUGGGCCACGAGGCGGGCAAGAUCCGGCUCACGCAGCACUCGGCGAUCUACAACAAGCCGCGCAUUCAGCCGAUCAAGACGAUGCCCAAGCUGCUGCUGACGGACAUGCUGGCCAACCCGUACAACCCGAAGAAGCUGCUGGGGGACAUCCUCUACUACGAGAAGCUGGACAUGCCGCUGGCCGAGCUGGAGAACAACAAGCUGCUCAAGGUGGAGUGGUUCAACGACAAGGUGCAGCCCGUGGCCACGCACCAGGUGCUGGUGCCCAAGACGUCGCUGUUCUCGGACGUGAUCGCCAAGCUCAAGGAGGCGCUGGGGCCGGCGCUGACGGGCACGGGCGAGAUCCGGCUGCUCGAGGUGCAGAACCACCGCAUCUACCGCCUGCUCAAGCCCGAGGAGCGCACCACGGGCUACACCGAGUACACGAUCCUCCGCGCCGAGGAGGUGCCCGAGGAGGACCUCAACAAGGACCCCAAGGCGGCGAGCAAGACCAUCCAGGUCAGCCACGUCUUCCGCGACCCGCACGUCUCCAACUUUGGCCACCCGUUCCACCUCGCCAUCCCCAAGAACGAGCGCUUCGCCGACACCAAGCGCCGCAUCCAGGAGAGGCUCGCCGUGCCCGACGACGAGUUCGCCACCUACAAGUUCCUCAUCGUGCCCUGGAUCGGCAAGCCCGUGGCCGUCGAGGACGACGACGCCUGCAUCGCCGCCAAGCUCGACAAGUCCGACUACCUCGGCCUCGAACACAAGCCCCCGCGCCGCGCCCCCAACGCCUACCGCCGCAAGGAGGAGCAGCUCGUCAUCAAGGGAUGA